UAGAUAAUUUAAAAUAAGAGUUAAUUGUAACUUGUGUGAAGCAGUGUGAUUUGGUUGGCAGCAACAGAAAAGAAAUAGACAAAACAAAAAGAACCAUUUCCUAUGAUAACGGUUUCUGUUUUGUCCAAAUAUAGAGAAAAAUUGAUUGGAAGUGAGAUCAUCAUUGCCUCUAAAUAUAGCCAACCAUAUCUGCCAAUCCCAUUUCCAUUUUUUUCUCUCUCUUACCAACCUACCUAUCAUCACAACAGCAUGGAUCAUCAAGUUUCUCAUCAUCACCUUUCAUUUCAUCAUCAUCCUCCUCAUACUGCCUUUCUCUGGGGCCUCCUCAAUUCUUUUUGGAGCCCUGGAUUGUGCUUGUUUCUUCUCUUUCAAUUCUAGAGCACUAAUCUGCUACUACAUGUUCAGAUUCAUUAGGUACCUUAUUGUCAGUGUGGAACCUGGCAUAUCAACCUGAAAUGGGGUUGAAAUUAACAAAGCAGGGUUCACCACCCAAAAUUAGUAGUCCAGCAAGUUUGCAAUUACAUGAAAGAAUGAUUCAUUACCUUACCAAGAAUUUUAUCCGUAACUUGGUAUCCAAGCAAAGGAGAAGAAUUCUUAUCGCUGGUUAUGAUCUUGAUAUGUCAUAUAUCACAGAUAGAGUAUUAGCAAUGUCAUUUCCUGCUGAACGUAUGAGAGCAAUGUAUAGAAAUCCUCUCUGGCAAGUCAAAUCUGUGUUGGAUAUGAGACAUCUUGAACAUUAUAAGGUCUAUAAUCUGUGUAUAGAAGAACAUUAUGAUCCAGCACAGUUCUAUGGUCGUGUGGAAGAAUACCCUUUUGAUGACAAUCAUGUUCCAUCUCUUGAAAUGAUUAAAGAUUUCUGCGAAAGUGUGAAUUCAUGGCUGACACGUGACCCAAAAAAUAUUGUAGUUAUACAUUGCAUGGCAGGUAAAGGUAGAACUGGUUUGAUGGUGAGUUCAUACCUAACUUAUUGCGGCAUGUCAGCAGAUGAAGCUCUUCAAUUAUAUGCCGACAGAAGGACUACCAAUAAUGAAGGAGUAUCAAUACCAAGCCAACGUCGCUAUGUAGGGUACUGGGAAAGUUUACUUUCUGUACCUAGAGGUGCUGGAUAUGGACCUCCAAAGGUGACUUUGCCUCAACCGUGUAGCAGAGAAUUGCGGCGAGUCCGGUUGUAUGACACUGUCAACAUUGACACAGUAUUCUUUGUUAUAUCAGAACUGCAGGAGAUUCCUAAUGAGGUCUAUCGUCCAUCAGUGGAGGUUUGUCGGAGCUGCUGUAGAGAAGUUAAGAAAGGUUAUCAGAGAACAAACAGUCCUCGCUAUUAUAUUUCUACUAUUCCUCAAGGUGAUGAAGAUGGAGAACAAUCAGAAAUAGAAGAACCUCGUGUUGUAGUUCAAAUGGAUACAGAGUCUCCUGCAAUAUACCAGAAAUCUUGUUUGGACCAUUAUUUUGAUAAACCUAUACAAGUAACCGGAGAUGUACGUGUGAUAUUCUACGAGAAAAUGAUUGGAGGACGUCUUUUCUACUGCUGCUUUAAUACAGCUUUUAUUAGGAACAGCUUACUACAGCUCACAGUAAAUGAAUUGGACAAAGUUGGGAAGAAAGGAAGAUCAAUAUGUGGCCCUACUUUCUGCCUGGAAUUAUUGUUUGGUCCUGCUAAUACAGGGUAUUCAUCAUCAAGUAUAUCUAUUGGUGAAAACUCUAGUGAUGAUUCAUUAUAAAUGUCCACAUAUCUAUACAAAAAAAAUAAAUAUGAAAGAUCGCGGCCCAUUCUCUACACAACUUGUUUUAGUAACAUAUUUUCUGCAAAAUGAUCCCAACAAUGAGUCCCUUACUGUGUUGUGUAGUAGUGCACUGAUUUCUCUAGCUGUCUUGUCGUCUAAUUUUUCAUAGGCGAAAGGCAUGAGUGUAAUUCUUGUAUUGUUAUAGUGAUUGAAUAGCAAUUUUCAGAAAAUGAGGCUCAUAGCAUUAUAAUAAACAAAGAUCGUCAUUUUCUAUCUGGGUUUCUAAUUCUAUUUUGUCUUAACCCUCCGGUUUCUAAGGAAAACAGACACUAGUAGUUUUGAA